AUGGAUAAAAAAAAUUCCGAUGGCAAACGUAAAUCUCGAUCGAGUAAUGAAGGUCCACCAGAUAAAAAAUCACGUAUAGACAUUGAAGAUAUUUUAUUACCAUGUGAAGAUCGUAAUAACGAUUUGAGUUCUCAUAGUAUACAGAAUGUAGUUGAGAGUUCAAAUUCGUCAAAAGUUGAAUUAAUCAAAUCUAGUAAUGAUCCGUCGACAUCCAAAGAAAUACAUCAGUCUACAUCCGUCGAAGAAGCUACUGGAAUACGAGUUCCUGCUGUAAAUACUGAAGAUAAAUUAAUUGAAUGUACAAUUCUUGUCGAUACUGUUGAGAAAAAAAUAAAAUGGAAUGACAAAAAAAAUUCAACAAGUAAAGAUGCUUCAGGCGACUCUGUCAAAAAUAGUCAAACUCCUCAAACAUCAACAAAGACACCUGCAGCUCCACGAGCUAAAUGUACUUUCGGUGCAAAAUGUUUUAGGUUAAAUUCUGAACAUAAAGUUAAGUACAGUCAUCCUGGUGACGCGGAUUUCGACGUAAAAGACAACAGACCAGAGUGUCGGCAUGGAAUUCAUUGCUACCGAAAAAAUUCACAGCACAAAAAAGAUUACCAACACACAUUAGUUCGCCGAAAGCGAAAAGUAAAUGCUAAUCAGGUACAAGUGUUGAAAAAAGGCAAAGAUGACGACAGCGACAGAGAUUCAGAUGAUUCAUCAUUUGAAGAGUCCGUAGAUGAAUCUGAGUACGGGCCAUCGGAUUUGGACGAAAGUUCUGAGGAAGAAAAUGAUGUUGAAGAUGAUGACAGCGAUUGGUGA